AUGUUGAAGAUCUUGGCCAUUCUAGCAACUCUCAUUGGGCCACUCACCUGUGUGAUUGUGACAGCUCCAGAAAAUGCUGUGAAUACAACUACUGGUGGGAAUAUCACUCUCCUCUGCACAUACACAACACAGAUGGAGGCAUCUGACCUGUUUAUCCAGUGGUUUUUCUACAGUGCCAAAGAGGCAAAAAAAAAUCCGAUCUACUUUUCUCAGCGAGGCUUGACAAAAUCCUAUGGGCAGUUCAGAGGCAGAAUCCAAGGUGCGAACAGCACUGGAAAUGCCUCCAUAACCAUCUUCCACAUGCAGCCAUCAGAGACUGGUUCAUAUACCUGUGAAGUUUUCAAUCCCCUGGACACAAAUGCCCAGAAUGAAAAAUCUGUGGCCGUCAGCAUACUAGUCCCACCGUCCGAUCCUCACUGCAGCCUUUGGGGAACAGCCGAGCUGGGCCACGCCAUCUCCCUGAAUUGUUUUUCUAAGGAAGGUUUACCUGCUCCUACCUACCAGUGGUACCAAGUAUCCGGGGACAUAGCCACGCCAGUGACAGAGCAAUACAAUCACAAAACAGGUGUCUUUGUUAUUGGCAACUUGACCAAUUUUGAAGAAGGCUACUAUCGCUGCACAGCGUCCAACGUUCUCGGAAACAGCAGCUGCCACAUUAACAUCACAACUUCACAUUCAGAAACUGGCAUUAUUAUUGGGGCCCUGAUUGCAGCAAUUCUAGCCGCUGCUCUGAUCUGUGGUAUUGUCUGGUUUUUAACAACAAAGGAGAAGAGAAAGAAGAGAAAAGAGAAAGCUGCAGUGAGUGAAAUGCAGGAUGUUGCCCAGAAAGAACCACUGAACGCCGAGUAUAUCGCUGUGCCCAACCAAGGAAGUGUGCCCGCAGCACCCGUUCUACCCAGCAAAGAAUCCACGGAGACAAAUGAGUACAUUACCCCGGAGGAGAUCGAAGUCGCCGCAGUCCCUGAAAAUGAAAUGCAAGAGGUGGAGCACCAGCCAGUGGCCUAGUCUCCCCUGCCACACCC